GGACACUGCAGCAUUAACGCGUUAGAUAGAUCAGAUGUCUCAGCCCUGGUCUGGAGACCCCAAUCCUCCACGUUUCCUAGCCUCCUCUCGCAGAAGGUGAAAAAAAAAAACCCCCAAAAAAACCAACAACCAAUCGAGAGCCUGUCUCCGCGACAACCACAAUGGUGAUGUCACAAUGCCGCCAGCAGCAGCCGCUGCCACAGAACAGGUCAGUGUGGGGGUGGAGCUACUAUGGCUGUCACGCCCUUUGGCUCCACCUCCUGUGUCUGGUGGGGGCGUGGUCGGGGCAAGCUUCGCCGGCGAUUCAGGCAGCCCAACCCCACUCCAUCAAAAUCGAGGGGGAUAUCACUCUAGGGGGGCUGUUCCCCGUACACGCCAAGGGUCCGGCAGGGGUGCCCUGCGGGGAGGUGAAGAAGGAGAAGGGGAUCCAUCGCAUGGAGGCCAUGCUCUACGCACUGGACCAGAUCAACAGCGACCCCGACCUGCUCCCCAACAUCACGCUGGGGGCGCGAAUCCUCGACACCUGCUCCCGGGACACCUACGCCCUGGAGCAGUCCCUCACCUUCGUCCAGGCCCUCAUCCGGAAAGACACGUCCGACGUGCGCUGCUCCAACGGGGAGCCCCCCCUCAUUCGGAUGCCCGAGAGGGUCGUGGGGGUCAUCGGGGCUUCGGCCAGCUCCGUGUCCAUCAUGGUGGCCAACGUCCUGCGGCUUUUUGCGAUUCCUCAGAUCAGCUACGCCUCGACCGCGCCGGAGCUCAGCGACAAUAACCGCUACGACUUCUUCUCGCGGGUGGUGCCCCCGGAUUCGUACCAGGCGCAGGCGAUGGUGGACAUCGUCAAGGCGAUGGGAUGGAACUACGUGUCCACGCUGGCAUCGGAAGGGAACUACGGCGAGAGCGGAGUGGAUGCCUUCGUGCAGGUCUCGAGGGAGGCAGGCGGUCUCUGCAUUGCUCAGUCACUCAAGAUCCCACGGGAUCCCAAACCAGGCGAGUUUGACAAGAUCAUCAAAAGGCUGAUGGAGACGUCUAACGCUCGUGGGAUCAUUAUCUUUGCAAACGAGGACGACAUCAGGCGCGUCCUGCACGCUGCAAAGAAGGCCAACCUGACCGGCCACUUCUUGUUCGUGGGGUCGGACAGCUGGGGCUCAAAGAUUUCCCCGAUCCUUGACCAGGAGGAUGUAGCAGAAGGAGCGGUCACUAUACUGCCCAAGAGAGCCUCCAUUGAGGGGUUUGAUCAGUACUUCACCUCGCGCUCCCUGGAGAAUAAUCGCAGAAACAUCUGGUUUGCCGAGUUCUGGGAGGACGACUUCAAGUGCAAGCUGACGAGACCCGGGAUCAAACUGGAAGAAGGGAAGAGAAAGUGCACGGGGGAGGAACAGAUCAGUCGAGACUCCCCAUAUGAGCAGGAGGGGAAGGUGCAGUUUGUGAUCGACGCAGUGUACGCCAUGGCCCACGCCUUGCACAACAUGCACCUGGACCUCUGCCCAGGAGCCACGGGCGUCUGCGAAAGGAUGGACCCAGUGGAGGGGCGUCUGCUGCUCCACUACAUCCGUGCCGUCACCUUCAACGGCAGCUCUGGGACUACUGUCAUGUUCAAUGAGAACGGAGAUGCCCCCGGGCGGUAUGAUAUCUUCCAGUACCAGCUCUUCAACACCUCCUCGCCCGGCUACAGAGUCAUCGGACAGUGGACUAACCACCUGCAUCUGAACGUGGAGGAGAUGCAGUGGUCGGGCAGCGAGCAGACGAUCCCGGACUCCGUCUGCAGCUUCCCCUGCAAGCCGGGGGAGCGCAAGAAGAUGGUGAAGGGGGUGACAUGCUGCUGGCACUGCGAGUUGUGCGACGGCUACCGCUACCAGGUGGACGAGUUCAAUUGCGAGAUGUGCCCCUUAGACAUGCGCCCGGCCGGGAACCGCACCGCCUGCCUCCCCACGCCAAUCGUCAAGCUGGAGUGGCACUCGCCCUGGGCCCUGCUGCCCAUGUUCCUGGCUAUCCUGGGCAUCCUGGCCACCUCGUUGGUCAUUGGCACCUUCGUGAGGUUCAACGACACGCCCAUCGUGCGGGCGUCCGGCCGGGAACUCAGCUACGUGCUGCUCACCGGGAUCUUCCUGAUCUACGCCAUCACUUUUCUGAUGAUCGCCGAGCCGGGAGCCGCGGUCUGUGCUUUCCGGAGGCUUUUCCUGGGUCUGGGGAUGUGCAUCACCUACGCGGCGCUGCUCACCAAAACCAACCGCAUCUACCGGAUCUUCGAGCAGGGCAAGAAAGCCGUCACCCCGCCCAGGUUUAUCAGCCCUACCUCCCAGCUGAGCAUCACUUUCAGCCUUGUCUCCUUGCAGGUUCUGGGGGUGUUCAUCUGGUUCGGGGUGAUUCCUCCUCACACUACCGUCGACUACGAGGAGCAGCGGCCCCCGAACCCGGAGCUGGCCCGCGGGAUCUUGAAGUGCGACAUGUCCGACCUCUCUCUGAUCUGCUGCCUGAGCUACAGCAUCGUGCUGAUGGUGACGUGCACCAUCUACGCGGUGAAGAGCCGCGGGGUGCCGGAGACCUUCAACGAGGCCAAGCCCAUCGGCUUCACCAUGUACACCACCUGCAUCAUCUGGCUGGCGUUCGUGCCUAUCUUUUUUGGGACCGCUCAGUCCACUGAGAAGAUGUACAUCCAGACCACCACUCUGACCGUUUCCAUGAGCCUCAGCGCCUCCGUGUCCCUGGGGCUGCUGUACCUGCCGAAGGUCUAUGUGAUCCUUUUCCAUCCUGAGCAGAACGUGCCGAAGCGCAAACGCAGCUUCAAGGCCGUGGCCCAGGUGGCCACCAUGUCUAUGAGACUCUCGCAGAAGGCCAGCGAGAAGCAGAACGGGGAGCCCAACCCCGAGGAGAGCCUGGACAGAGCUCCCAAGAUGGCUUAUAUCAACUACAGCAACCCUGAUAUCUAGCGACAGCGGCGAGAGAGAUGGACAAGGGUUCAAACACACAACGAAACACUGCAGCCCAGCCAAGAACAGAAGCACAGACCAGUGGGAGAGAAUCCAAAAAUGCACUAAGAGAUGCGAUGACAUCCUCGCCGCUGGACAGCACAUCUAACCAGACGUGAAAAGAAACGAUAAACCGUUGAAUUUAUAAUAACGAUGAAGAGUAAUAAUUUAUGACAUGAAGAAAGUUGGCAUCUUCCCAGCAUGCAAUAUCCUUCGGUUUUCCAGGAUAAUGGUCCAAUCCCUGUUGUCUUGGCAGCCAUUCACAAUAACGAAAUGAACAAUCUGACACAGGAUGAAGCGUAAAAACCAGCUCCAAAUCCAUCCAGAAUCAAAUUCAACCGCUAAAAAAAAAAAAAAAGAUAUAGUAUUAAACGAACUGUUUUUAUAACUUAUUAAUGCAUUUGCUUAUUUUUUAUUUAUCUACAUGGCUUUAUAUUGAAGCUAUAAGAAGUUAAUGUUAUAAGUAACGUAAUCAAUUUGCAGAAUCAGUGUGAUGCCUUGGGGGGGGGGGCGUGGAAAAAACGCGCUAAGCCGAGCCAUGCAGAAAACACGCGUGGCUCUACAGCAGUUCAAAGAAGUGCAGUUAAACCAGAAGGCUGUUUUUAAAUCACAUUACCGUUAAAGAUUGUACAGUAUUUGUUAAGACUUCAAGGGAAUGUUGCAAUUUUUACCCUCCGAAAAUACUUUUGAACUCUUUUCAACUGUAAAAAAAAAAAAAAAAAAAAAAAAUUAUACUGACUGUAAUUAAAAUACAAAUGUGUUUUGAAGCCUGAAUCCUCAAUACCUCAGGACACCUAACCGCUUCAUAAAGUCGAAGGAAGCCUGCUGGAUAAUGUUAGGCUCACAUAUUGAAUUACACACCAGCGCUUUGUAGUUUUCGGUACCUUAAAGGAAAAACCGAGAAAUUAAGACAUUUUAAAAAUCUAACACGAGAUGCUACUGUGCUGCUAUUAUGGCUUCCGGUAGA